AUGAGCAGAUCAGUAACACGUAAAAGUGGCUGCGGACGAUCACAUGGGGUUAGCUGUGAGGAAUUCACCGUCGUCAUGCAUCACCGAGAAAAGAUGGAUAAGUCAGCAGAUAACCACCAAAAAGCUCACAUUAUCAGAGAAAAACACAUCAGAUCCCUCGAUUCGUUCUUCUACGCUUGCUCGCAUAAAUCAAUAACGAGCAUCGUAACAAAAGGCACAAGCGAGAGAAUCAUCAAUCUGAUCUGUCAACAGCCCGAUUUUAAGUGCGAGUUUGGUAAACAUUGCGCCAAAAGUCUCCUCGCCGGGCAGAAUUUACUAAUACAAUACCAUUGCCCGUUAUUUUCAUUAGCAUCAUGCGUUGCACAAGUAGACACUAGUAAAGCUUAUACGCAAGUCGUGUUCGUCAGCUAUUACAACGAGUCUGACAGAUCGAAGAAGUUGAUUUCUUUCAUAAGAACUGUCUGCGACGCAUUGAGCAUAUCGUUUUCUGCAACUGAGAAACCUUCGUCAACAAAAUCUGACUCUAUGUCUCAAGUGCUUUUCUGCGAUUCAGAUAGGUUCUUCCGUCAUCUCAAGAGAAGAACUAUAAACGUGGAUUUGAUAAAAACAAUCAUUUUUACCGAGACUGAAGAACUCAUCAAGGACUCUAUGCUUGACAAGUUCAAAUUAAUAGUCAAAUAUCUACCACCCACGAUUCAGUUUGUCGCAUCCUUCACCAUAGCACCAGCAUAUUUAGUGCAAGACGCUGAGAACUUUCUCAACACUCCACAGAGCUACAUCAGAAGAAUCCAGAAAUUGCGUAUCAGGGGUACACGAGAGUUCAAAAUUAAGAUGCCUGAAGAUAGGCAAGAGAUACUGCUCGAAAUUUCUGCGGCAUCUGUACACCAACAACUUGUUGUCUUUUGCAAUAAUUUCAAAACUGCUGAAAACGUGUUUGAGGGAGUCAAGAAGACUCAGCCAAAGGCGGCUAUAGCCUACAACGCUUACGAUAAAGAUUUAUACGAAAUGUUUGAUCGAGGUGAUCUUCGCAUCCUCAUUGGUUGUGAGAAUAUAGCUCCAUGUGAAUCUAUUCAGAGGUGCAAACUGCUCAUCAACUACAACCAGCCAUUACAUGAGAGAGAGUAUAUUGUACAAUGUGGUAGACCGCUAAACUCAACCCAUAAAGCCGUCGUUGUCACACUGACAUCAGAAUUCGAGGAGAUGUCAUUGGAAUAUACCAAUAAUAGGUGUAAAGAGAUACGUACAAUCCCAUUCAAUAUAUCUGAACUUGCAUCAAAGGCAUGA